UAGACCAUCCUAAUAGGGUAACAGACGUAUGCCUAGAACGGCGCGUUAAAAAACAUCCAUACAAAAGAUUAAUAGUACCUCUGGGGGUUUACACUCAACACAGGGGAGAAUACAGAAAAGAAAAAACCGAAGAAAGUAUGAAAUUUGCAGUGAAAGCAUGGAGUAAUGGUGGGAGAGCACGGACAGGAGUUCUCCAACUUAGCAAUUGUCCAUUACCAAUAGAGACACCUUCUCUUCUUCUUACUACACGUAAAGGACUACCCGUUUUCAUUGCUCCUGAUCUUCUUCUUUCUCUACCUUCACCUGAUUCUCAUCUUCUUCAUGUUAGUCCUAUGCACUUUUUUGAAGGCGCUUCACGUAAAACUAUAUCAAACAUUGGGGGAUUGCACGAGCUGGUAGGUCUGCAAAAUCAUGGGUUCUCUGCUUCUCCAAGGGAUUCUAUGGUAUGUCUUCCGGUUGCUGAGACGACCAACAAGUUUAAAGCUGCUUUUGAGACACCUUGUGGCCGCCUAUCCAUUAAACCUUCUGAAUAUGUAGAAAUGGUUUCAUCCUUGAAACCUAAUGUAUGGGCCAGCCUGGCAGAUGAAGUGCCUGCUUAUGCAUCUGAGAGUAGGAAUAAGACUUCGGUGGAUCGAACCAUACGUUGGCUUGACGAAUGCAUUUCCUUAGACCAGACCCAUGGAACCUCAGUUUUGGGAGCUAUUGUUGGAGGAUCUAAUGUUGACGAGCGCAUUCGAUGUGCUCAGGAAGUAGCAAAGCGAAAUGUGUCAGGUUUUUGGAUUGGAGGUUUUGGGCUCGGAGACAGCAUGGAUGAGCGCCCUGCUCUCUUGAAUGCAGUUGUUGACAAUCUGCCAAAAGAAAAGCCGCGCCAGAUUUGUGGACUGGGAGCAUAA